AUGCAAUCCCAAGUUGAAAGCAAAAAAAGGAUCCAAGGAGGACCCUUGAACAUCAGAUUAGGAAAAGGGAAGGAGGACUCUCAUGACCAGAUUUGUCAGCCAGAGCUGCAGUUACUUUGUAUUUGUUUUUGAUUUCAGAUUUGGACUGCAGUCCUUCUAGGACUCGUCCUGACUCCAGCCCUUGCUGAUAAUUCUCAGCAGGCGGGCAACAACUGCCAGGUCUCUGUUGGUGGUGUUUUCCAAAAUCUGACUCUCAGCAGUCUGACACGUGUGGUGGUUAUUGAACAAAGGAGCAACCAGUUCUCAUGGAAAACCGUCUGGAACUACAACACGGGUAUCAUUGCAACCAAAUUGGUGCAACAGAACACCUGCUACAUUUCUGUCAUGAACAGAAAUGAGAUGCCCAGCUUUGAGAAUCUGGCCCACAUGGCUUCACAGAAUGGGAACCAGAUGGGUCUUGGAAGACCUAGCAAGAAGAUCACCUUUGUCACCAAUGGACUGGUAACAAACCUCAGCUCCUAUGGAAUAGAAAUCUCAGCUAUGUGCAGUGGACUCACCACAUACAUGGCUACUGAAGUUCACAGAUCCCAGGUCAAUCUGGGAUCAUGCAUUACCCUGGAUGUUCUGAGAAUUGUGGAGCUGGAUUACUGCGGUGGCAAUGGCAACUGGAAUGGCAAUAUCCCGGUCAUCAUUGGUGGCAACUCCCAAAUUGUGACCAUCAACAGGCAAUGGCGUGUGGCAAUCAUUGAGCAAAGGAGCUUCACUGGGUCCUGGAAAACCGUCUGGAACUACAACACGGGCGUCAUUGCAACUAAAGUCACUCAGCAGAAUGCCUGCUACAUUUCCAUCAUGAACAGAAAUGAGAUGCCCAGCUUCAAUAAUCUGGCCCGCCUGGCAGAAGAGAGCAAGAACCAGUUUGGUCUUGGAAGACCUACCAAGAAGAUCACCUUUGUCACCAAUGGAUUGGUCAGCAACCUCAGGUCCUAUGGAUCAGAUGUCUUCUCUAUGUGCAGUGGACUCACCACCUACAUGACUUAUGAAGUUCACGGAGUCCAAGUCAAUCUGGGAUCAUGCAUUACCCUGGAUGUCCUUGGAGUCGUGGAUCUCAAGUACUGCACAGGCAAUGGCAAUGGACAGGGCAGCCAAACACAUGUCGUCAUCAUUGGUGGCCAGUCCCAAAUUGUGACCAUCAACAGGCAAUGGCGUGUGGCAAUCAUUGAACAAACGAGCUUCAGUGGGUCCUGGAAAACCAUCUGGAACUACAACACGGGCGUCAUUGCAACUAAAGUCACUCAGCAGAACACCUGCUACAUUUCCAUCAUGAACAGAAAUGAGAUGCCCAGCUUCAAUAAUCUGGUGCACCUGGCAGAAGAGAGCAAGAACCAGUUUGGUCAUGGAAGACCUACCAAGAAGAUCACCUUUGUCACCAAUGGAUUGGUCAGCAACCUCAGGUCCUAUGGAUCAGAUGUCUUCUCUAUGUGCAGUGGACUCACCACCUACAUGACUUAUGAAGUUCACGGAGUCCAAGUCAAUCUGGGAUCCUGCAUUACCCUGGAUGUCCUUGGAGUCGUGGAUCUGAAAUACUGCACUGGCAAUGGCAAUGGACAGGGCAGCCAAACACAUGUCGUCAUCAUUGGUGGCCAGUCCCAAAUUGUGACCAUCAACAGGCAAUGGCGUGUGGCAAUCAUUGAACAAACGAGCUUCAGUGGGUCCUGGAAAACCAUCUGGAACUACAACACGGGCGUCAUUGCAACUAAAGUCACUCAACAGAACACCUGCUACAUUUCCAUCAUGAACAGAAAUGAGAUGCCCAGCUUCAAUAAUCUGGUGCACCUGGCAGAAGAGAGCAAGAACCAGUUUGGUCAUGGAAGACCUACCAAGAAGAUCACCUUUGUCACCAAUGGAUUGGUCAGCAACCUCAGGUCCUAUGGAUCAGAUGUCUUCUCUAUGUGCAGUGGACUCACCACCUACAUGACUUAUGAAGUUCACGGAGUACAAGUCAGUCUGGGAUCCUGCAUUACCCUGGAUGUCCUUGGAAUCGUGGAUCUGAAAUACUGCACUGGCAAUGGCAAUGGACAGGGCAGCCAAACACAUGUCGUCAUCAUUGGUGGCAACUCCCAAAUUGUGACCAUCAACAGGCAAUGGCGUGUGGCAAUCAUUGAACAAACGAGCUUCAGUGGGUCCUGGAAAACCAUCUGGAACUACAACACGGGCGUCAUUGCAACUAAAGUCACUCAGCAGAACACCUGCUACAUUUCCAUCAUGAACAGAAAUGAGAUGCCCAGCUUCAAUAAUCUGGUGCACCUGGCAGAAGAGAGCAAGAACCAGUUUGGUCAUGGAAGACCUACCAAGAAGAUCACCUUUGUCACCAAUGGAUUGGUCAGCAACCUCAGGUCCUAUGGAUCAGAUGUCUUCUCUAUGUGCAGUGGACUCACCACCUACAUGACUUAUGAAGUUCACGGACACCAAGUCAAUCUGGGAGCAUGCAUUACCCUCAGUGUCCUGAGAGUUGUGGAUCUGAAAUACUGCACUGGAAAUGGCAAUGAUCAGCAGAUUCCCGGUGGCAAGGGCAACUCACACCUCGUCAUCAUUGGUGGCCAGUCCCAGAUUGUGACCAUCAACAGGCAAUGGCGUGUGGCCAUCAUUGAGAAAAAGGCUGGCAUUGGGUCCUGGAAAACCAUCUGGAACUACAACACGGGUAUCAUUGUAACCAAAGUCACUCAGCAGAACGCCUGCUACAUUUCCACCAUGAACAGAAAUGAGAUGCCCCUCUUUGAUAACCUGGCUCACCUGGCACAAGAGAGCAAGAACCAGUUUGGUCUUGGAAGACCUACUAAGAAGAUCACCUUUGUCACCAAUGGAUUGGUCAGCAACCUCAGGUCCUAUGGAUCAGAUGUCUUCUCUAUGUGCAGUGGACUCACCACCUACAUGACUUAUGAAGUUCAUGGAGUCCAAGUCAAUCUGGGAUCCUGCAUUACCCUCGAUGUCCUGAGACUCGUGGAUCUGAAAUACUGCACAGGCAAUGGCAAUGAUCAGUCUCAGCAGAUUCCUGGUGGCAUCUUCAAUAACACCCAAGGCAACAUAUUCAACAACACUCAAGUCAUCAUUGGUGGCCAGUCCCAAAUUGUGACCAUCAACAGGCAAUGGCGUGUGGCCAUCAUUGAGCAAAGGAGCUUCAGCGGGUCCUGGAAAACCAUCUGGAACUACAACACGGGCAUCAUUGCAACCAAAGUGGUGCAAGAGAGAACGUGCUACAUUUCCACCAUGAACAGGAGUGAGAUGCCCACCUUUGAUGCUCUCGUCAGGUUUGCUGCAGACAACAAGAACCAGGUUGGCCUGGGAAGACCUACCAGGAAGAUCACCUUUGUCACCAAUGGAUUGGUCAGCAACCUCAACUCCUAUGGAGCAGAUGUCUUUGCUAUGUGCAGUGGACUCACCACCUACAUGGCUUAUGAAGUUCACGGUGGCUGCUCAAUACACUGA